ACGUGACCUGGCUGGCCGCGUCACUAGGAGGCGGGAGAAGAUCUCGCGGGCCGCGGAAUCUCGCGCGAGUUUGAACCCCAACGGUCAGCGGCCGCGAUGGCGGGCAGCCGGGAGCGCGUCGAGUUGAUGCGCAACCGAGUGGUGCUGAAGGAGUUUGGCGUCCAGAACGUCCACACCACUGAUUUCCCGGGCAAUUACUCCGGUUACGACGACACGUGGGACCGGCAGCGCUUCGAGCAGAAUUUCAGGAUUGACAUUGUUCGGUUGGAGGAGGACACUUUGGAGUUUGACAUGAUUGGAAUUGAUGCUGCAAUUGCAAAUGCGUUUCGCAGGAUCUUGCUUGCUGAGGUCCCGACCAUGGCUGUGGAGAAGGCAUUUAUCUACAACAACACCUCCAUUGUUCAGGAUGAGAUUCUGGCACACAGACUGGGCCUCAUCCCCAUCAAAGCAGACCCACGACUGUUUGAGUAUAGGAGCACAGGGGAUGAAGAAGGGACAGAGAUUGACACUCUACAAUUCCACCUGAAAGUAAAGUGUACCAGAAAUCCUAAAGCACUCAAAGACUCUUCAGACCCUGAAGAGCUGUACCUAAAUCAUAAAGUCUACUCCAAGCACUUGAAGUGGGUACCCAUUGGGAACCAGGCAGAUCUCUUUGGGCAGGUUGAAAUCCGGCCGGUACACGAUGAUAUCCUCAUCGCUCAGCUUCGCCCAGGGCAGGAAAUCGACGUUGUCGUGCACUGCGUGAAAGGAAUUGCUAAAGACCACGCCAAGUUCUCUCCUGUUGCCACAGCAAGCUACCGACUUCUACCCGAAAUAACUCUGCUGAGUCCAGUAGAAGGGGAGCUGGCAGAGAAACUCAAGCAGUGCUUUUCUCCUGGUGUCAUUGAGGUUGAAACAGUGAAUGGAAGAAAAUUUGCAAAUGUUGUGAAUUCUCGAUUGGACACCUGCAGUCGGGAAAUUUUCCGCCACGAUGACCUUAAAAACCUUGUCCGUCUUAGCAGAGUUCGAGAUUACUACAUCUUUUCAGUGGAAUCAACGGGAAUUCUUCCACCAGAAGUGUUGGUGUCUGAAGCCCUGAAAGUGCUGAUAACAAAAUGUAGAAGGUUCUUGAAUGAACUGGACACGGUACAAAUGGACUGAGCUUCAUGCUGGUUGGACUGGUUCAGCUGGGUCUGGGCUGUGCUUGGGCAUAAUGGCAGUGGGAAUAGUGGGCUCCUUCCUGAGUACCAAUUGUAUUUGACAGAACAAGAGCAUCAUCGACUUGGUUCAACAAUGACCUCCCCUGCCCCAAGUUAUAGCGGAUUAAUACAUAUAAAGCAGCAUGCCAGGGACAAUGGCAAGGAUGACUGAUCUGAUAAUGGACCAUAAUUUCAAUCAUAAAUAAAAACAAAAUGAUGGAACUAUGCAGCAAAUCAGACAGCAUCUGCAAGAGAAGAACCAAAUUGCUUCAGGUCAAUGACUUUUCAUCAGAACUUGAGAAUUUCUUCAGGGUAUUGUUUGUGUUUGUAAAUAUGUUGCACUAUUAAAGUAUUCUCACAUCAACUGUAAUCUAUUAACAAUACAAAGCAAGGUGAUUAUUACAACUUGCAUUAUUAUUACUGCUGCAAAAUGAAUGGCACAGUGAGGAAUUUGUCUCUCUCCAAUUGUAGCUACAAAAUCACAAGCCCUGGCUUCUCUUCUGUUGCUCCAUUAUAUCUGGUGUUCAUCACCAUCUACAUCUUGUUACUUUUAAACAAUGUCAUUGUCAUUUCCACACACAUGGAUGACAUCACACCUCUUGAACCUUCUGAUUCCUUGAAAUUAAAGGACUGCAACCCACAUCCAUAAUGAGCAGAAAUUUCUUUGCUCAAAAACUGUCUUUUCAGGCAGCCAAAUUCUCUCUUCCUUCAGCCACACUGGCAGUUGUCUGAGGCUGGACAAGCCUGUUCAUUACUUUCUGUUGCAUUUGGCUUGAAGAUGGGAUUUCAACCAUGUUUUUAUGCUAUUACCAAGACCACUUACGGUAUUUCCACCUUGGCCAUGGUCCUUUUGCUGUUGAAACUUUGAUCAUGGCUUUAUUACCUCCAGGUUCACUAUUCCAAUGCAUUCCUGAUUGAGUGGACAUACACUGGCAGUUCUCCAAAGCUUCACUGCAUCUCCUCUAUGUAUUGAUUCCAAGAUAAUUAAUGUCUUGAUUUUUAAAAUUCCCAUCACUGAUACUACAUCCUUUCAUGGAUUUGCUCUUCCCUAUUGUUUUCCAGUCCUACAGCCUCCCAAAAUGUUUGCCUCCAGUUCUGGUCUCUCAGUCGUGCCUGAAUUGAAAUGUUCCCCCAUUGUUGGCUGGGCUUUCAGUUGACGAACCCCUUAGUUCAGGACCUUUUAUGUCUGUCUCUCUCCUGUGCUUUAGUUCACUCCUUUAAAACCAUGAUUUUUGUCAUUUGUCCUGGUAUGUCUUAUGUAGUUCAUCUUCAAUUUUGAUUGAUAAUUCCUGUGAAGAUCUUUAGGAUGUGUUAGUGUUAAAGAUCCUGUAUAAACAGGAGAUGUUUUACUCAUAGUGCAAUAUUAGAGGGAUUUUCAUAAAGCUCUUUGUGGCCAAUUCAUUUCGUAUGAUACGAAGCAUCUGUUGAGCAUACUGGAUGUAGCACAUGCUAUUGGUUCCUACUCCCCAACAAAAUGUGUUGAGUAUGUUUAGUUCAAGCAAACCAAAAUGAAAGUUUCGUACCCAUCUUUGUACUUCUGUGAGAAUCCUACUGCUACCUGUGAAUUAUUGCACAAGUCGGAUGGUUCUGAUGCCAAGAACUGUCCUUACAGUUGAACGCAUAAUUCACGCUGACUCUCCAGUGCAGUACAGAGGGAGUGCUACAUUGUCAGAAAUACCACUCCAGAUUAAGAUGUUAAACAGAUUCCACCUGCAAGUUCAGAUAAUAGAGAUCCGACAUCAUUAACACAGGACGGUGCUUUCCCAGGGCACUGGCCAAUGUUCCUCCAUCAACUUGCGCAAGCAAAAGAAAGAUUAACAGGUUCUUCCAACUCAUAGCUAUCUCUGGAGACUGUUUGCAAGAUGCCUGAAUUUGGCAGCUUAAUAGAGGCAGUCCCCAGGUUACGACGGUUCUGUUCCUGGCAACUGUCCAUAAUUGUGUGGUAGAGGAUCACAGAAACGGCUGUGAUGGGAGAGUGAGCAGGUGUGGGAAGAGGCGGCUGCCUGAGCUCUACCCCCGAUUGUUGCUGCUCCGGGGGGAGUGAUGGGAAGAGAAGGCAUGCAGAAAUGCUCCAAAGAUGCUUGUAGUCCCACAGCAGUUGGAAAAUCCAUCCCAAUGGUCUCGCAAAUACUUGCUCAUAUGUACGGGAUAUCCAUAAGUUGGGUGUUUGUAAUCUGGAGAGGACCUAUUGUUCUUUCAUCUCCAUUUAUAUCCAGUCCCCUUAUGGU